UACUCCUCCCUUUUCCAAAUCAUACCCUCCAUUCCUAGUUCUUCCAAGGCAGGACCUCCCCCACCUUUCGGUUUCUCCCUGAAUGCCUCUUGGAGGUGAGGAUAUAGGGGGUGGGGAGCAGACAGCCAGUCAGAGCUCUCCAACCUGUUGAGGAAUGGCCAGACUUUGACAAAAUGCCUGCAAUUAAUGAGUUUCUUAAGCUCUGGAGACAAGAUUUAAGUGUUUAAUAAAGUCAAGAGCUCCAGGCUUAGGGGCUGAGGGCCUGGGGCUGAGAGCUAGAAGUCCCAGGAGUGUCAUGGGAGGGGAUCCCAGGCGGCCCUUAAUGGGGCUGAGCAUUUCCGCUGCCAGCUCAGCCCCCACCCUCCCACCUCAUCCGGGGGACAGCAGGUAUAAAAGUCGGGUGUGGCAGACAGGCAGGAGAGAAGCCAACAUGGAUUCCGGGCGACUGGCUGUGCUGCUGCUGGUGGUAGCAGUGGGCAGGGGCCAAGCGGAAGGACCAGGGAGUACCAAUGGGGGAGUCAGGGACCAUAUUUUCAUGGAGGAAGAGAAUGGACCCCCUGCUAGACUGGAUGCCCAGACACCUGCGUCUCUCCUGCAGUCCCUGCUACAGGCCAUGAAGAGACCUGGCCGGAGCCCAGCCUUUCUGUUCCAGCCCCAGAGGUUUGGCCGAGAUGCCCGGAGGAGCCCUGGCAGACAGUGGCUUAGUGCCCAGGCUGGGGAGGGACCUAAUCCUCUGUUCUGGAGCCUGGCUGCCCCACAGCGCUUUGGGAAAAAGUGAUGGUGCCCUAAACAGAC